AUGGUCCCCAAGAAUAUUCUUGUUACGUUGGCUAUUUGCUUGCUGGGUGCAAGCGCUGCCCCUGUCCCAUCCGAAGGGGCUCCGGAGGCAAAGAGAGAUGACGCGGAUGCCGCAUACCUCAUUGGUUAUCCUGCGAAACGGGAUGAUGCUGAUGCGGCGUAUCUGAUCGGCUACCCAGCAAAGCGCGAUGACGCUGAUGCAGCAUACCUCAUCGGAUAUACCCAGCCAAAGCUAAGAGAGAUGACGCUGAUGCAGCGUAUCUGA